AUGUCGGCGUCUCAACGAAAAACUCUGAACAUUUCUGAACAUUUGGAGCUCAUCGACGAUGUCAAAGUGAAGAAACUUAAACUGGCCGCUGCAGCCAAAAAGUACGGAAUCGGUUAUUCAACUGCAGCAAAUAUUCUCAAGAAAGAAGACGAUCUCAGAUCUUGCAUGCAAAUGAACGGCCACACUAAUCGCAAACGAAAGCGCCAAUCCGUGCACAAGGACGUUAACGAAGCGCUUACACAAUGGUUUACGCAAGCAUGUGCUCAUAGAGCUACCGUCACCGAUCACGUCAUCAGGCAGAAAGCAUCACAACUGGCCGUAAAUCUUGAAGUAGAUUUUGAACCGAGCAAUGGCUGGCUCAUGCGCUGGAAGCAGGCCAAUAACUUUUCGUUCAAAAAAUUUCACGGCGAAUCAACGUCAGCAGGUCAUGGUUCUGCCAACGAAUGGGUGACAAAAGUUUUGCCGCAACUUUUUCGUGGAUAUGAUCCAAAAGAUAUUUGGAACUGUGAUGAAACGGGAAUUUUCUACAAAGCCAUGCCGCCUGCAUCUUUGCGAUUUGCCGGCGACGAACAGCCAAAUGGGACAAAAGUUCCCAAAGACAGACUCACGAUGCUUCAGUUCACAAACAUGGACGGUUGUGAAAAGCAAACUGUAGUUGUUGACACAUCUCUAUCUAUCUAUCUAUCUAUCUAUCUAUCUAUCUAUCUAUCCCUUUUCCUGUUUCCUUGUGAGCUAUAA